AUGACUGCUAGCAAUGAUGAGAGUGUUACUUGUACCGCAGGCUACGUCAUUUGCUUUGCUGUAAUAGAGACUAUACGAUACUCACCUUUAAUAAACACAGAUGAACACAUUUCUUUCAUUGCUGCAGUUUGCCUGCCUACAAACAAAGUGCUUCCAAGCUAUAGUAGUGUACAUAUGUUGCCAACUGUGCAGAAAUCAGUAAUUUUGUUUAAGGAUGUAGAAAUGUUUUCGUGUUUCAAUUUGGCUACUGAAGACCUGAGAGCCAGGACACCCCGACAGCCCACCAAUCAGACUGGCGAGGAGCCAGACAGUCUCCUCCAGUACCCAGACAUUUCUGAUUGCACAGAAACUGAACUAGAAUGUGUAGAUGUUAAUUUAAUAUCUAUUCCAUUUAUUUCAAGCAAUAUAACUGUACUGGAAUCUCUUAAAUACAGCAAGUGCCACUCUCUUUCAGAUGAAGUUUUCAGCAGCUAUAUAGAAGUGCAGAAAAUAUUUCUGCAACAUAAUUGCAUUCAAAAUAUAUCAAGGGAAGCAUUUUUAGAUCAUACAAACUUCAGAUAUUGUGAAUAUCUCGGUCAUAACUGUAUCACCAGUCUGAGACUUGGGAUAUUCAGAGACCUACACAAAUUGAAAUGGUUGUCAGUGUCUAUUUUCUUCCCUUUUAUGCAGAAGGAGUGUUUCUAUGCACUCCAUGUGUGAAUAUGCACACCAUUAACAGAUGGGAUUUCACCAGUUGAGAACCUCUUGGCUAAAGUUCUUAAAGUAGUUGUCUGGGUCCUAGCUGUUACCUGUUUUGGAAAUCUUUUUGUCAUUGGAAUGAGAGUAUUUCUCAGAACUGAAAAUCAGAGAAGUGCUGACCAUAUGAUGGGUGUGUACUUGUUCUCCAUUGGAGUCUUCGAUAUUAAGUACUGUGGACAGUAUAAAAAAUAUUCUGUACCAUGUUGUACCAUAGGCUUCCUGGCCAUGCUUUUUACAGAGGUCUCUGUCUUGUUGACAUAUCUGACUUUGGAAGAAUAUUUAGUGAUUGUCUUUCCCUUCAGUAAUAUCUGACCAUAAAAGCAUCAGACAGUAAUGAGCCCUCUAUCCAUAUGAUUUAUUGGAUUUGUAAUAGCAAUAAUCCCAUUUUGGGAUGAUGACUUUUUUGGAAAUUAUUAUGAAAAUGGAAUUUGUUUCCCCAUUUAUUCCGAUCAAAUAGAAGAAACUGGUGGCAAGGUGUAUACUGUUGGGAUUUUUCUUGGUGUGAACCUACUAGCAUUCAUCAUAAAGGUGUUUUCAUAUGUCAGUAUGUUUUGCUCUCUUCAAAAACAUUCUCUUGAAACAUCAGAAAUAAGAAGCAACAUUCACAUGGAUGUUGCUGUUGCCAAUCAAUUUUUUAUAGAAUUCACUGACUCUGGUGGAUUCAUGUAUUUGUUAUAA